AUGUGCAGUUCCAGCGGUGCGAACGUGUCCCGGGCGCGCCAAUUGGCCAAGUAGCCGACACCAGCUAAAAGAGCCAACCAAAUUCAGCCGGAACGGCAACAGUUUCUCCUCAAAAACGCCAGCGCCGAAAUAUGCCAACGCCUGACUGAGGGCCGAAAUCGCGGGUCGCGCGUUUUUGUGUAAAUAAACAGAAAUUAAAAGAAAUCGGACGCAAUCAGAUCGAGAAUCAAGCGAUUCAAAAACAGCUUUCAUUAGCGCAUCCAUCUGUCAGAGAGAUCCGCACCAUUUAUUUUUCGGUUUCAGUGAAAAAGCCCAAGUUAUUCAAUUAAACUUAAUGCCAGCGGGCGGAAUGUCAGACCGAUGAGUUGGCCAGCAGCGGACCCGUAACGCAUACGCCAUGUGAGCCGGAUCGAUGGGAUCGCUUUCCGGCCAAGCCACAAUGCCACCCUCCUGUAAAUAGCCAGCAGCCUUUUCUACUCGCGUCUCUGUCAUGUGUCCGUGUCCGUGUAUCCGCCACUGUACAUACUGUAGACUCUAAUUGAUUAAACCACAAUAAAAAACCACAAAAAGAAAUCGAAGCGUAACCAAACAAAACAAAACAAAAAAUAAAUAAAUACAUAGAGGAAAGAAGCGCGCGUUUUCGCCACAGAACGCGCUACACACAAGUUUCGGUGCAAAACGGGUAUAAAUAAUCGAAAUAAUAUUCGAAUGCUAUGCUAUAUGCUAUAGGAAUUAGUUAAAUUAUUAGAAAUAAGUCGAUUGGAAUUUCGCGCGCAAUAAGAUUUAAUUAUAAACACUGGCAGCAUGGGACCAAUCAGACUCUAGAGCUAGCCAAGCAUCCACAGACUUAGUUAGACGAAAGCAGAUCACGAUGGAUUACAGUCGGCUGAAUGCGAACAUCAAUACGGGCAACAUCAGCACCGAUGACUUUCUGGCCGUGUUCACGACCGGAAAACCGGAGAAUGCCACCCUCAAUCCGCCCCUGCUCAGUGUCGAUGGGCAGCUGACCCUGCCCCCGGGAUCGGGAUUCAUCAAUGUGAAUGACACGAUAUUCCUGCUGAAUGGCAGCUUCUACAAUAACAGCCUGCAGAUGGCGGCGGGAUAUUAUAAUCAGAGUAGCGGGGCAGGGGCGACAUCGGGCAACCUGACGAAUCCGAAUCAAACAGAAGUCCACUGGGAUGGCCGAUAUCCCAGCGGCUAUACGCUCACCCACAUUGUGAUCGCCUCCAUUAUCGUGACCAUCCUGAUGAUUAUCAUAGUGGUGGGCAACAUGCUGGUGAUCAUAGCCAUUGCCACGGAAAAGUCGCUGAAGAACAUACAGAACUGGUUCAUCGCCUCGCUGGCGGUGGCCGACUUCUUCCUGGGCCUCAUCAUCAUGCCCUUCUCGUUGGCCAACGAGCUGAUGGGCUACUGGAUCUUCGGCAGCUGGUGGUGCGACAUCCACUCGGCGAUGGAUGUGCUCCUCUGCACCGCCUCGAUCAUGAACCUGUGCCUCAUCUCGCUGGACCGCUACUGGAGCAUCACCAAGGCCGUCGACUAUCUCAAGUCGCGGACGCCGGCGCGGGCCGCCGUUAUGAUCACGGCGGUCUGGAUUAUGUCCGCCCUCAUCUGCAUUCCGCCGCUCCUCGGGUGGAAGGUGAAGAUGCCGGAGGGACCGCUGCCCAAGUGCGAGCUGAGCGAGGACAUUGGCUACGUGCUGUACUCGGCACUGGGCUCCUUCUACAUACCCAGCUGCAUUAUGGUCUUUGUGUACAUACGAAUUUACUUUGCCGCCAAGGCGCGGGCGAGGAGAGGCAUUAAAAAGCAUCCCCGCAAAACAAACAACGAACAGGUAACGAGCUUCACCACCGCCAAGAAAGGAACAAUACCGAUGCCCUCCUCCAGCGGCGUGUCCGCUUUGCAGCUGCACCAGCAGCGCCAGAUAGCCACCAUAGAGACACCACCGAACAGCGCCAGCCUGCCGAUGCAGAUACCCACGGUGACCAUGGACCUGGCCUCCGACAUCUCCACCUCGGAGGCGGGGGAACUGGAGGCGGUGGCCGCCCAAACGGUGCUGGCCUAUUCCAAUCCCACGAACGCGGUCACCGUGGUGGGCAGCGGGAACGGAGGUGGAGCCUCGGGUGCACCGCCCACCUCGCCCAAGGAGACGCUGCAGGUGAGCACGAUAGCCACCGGCCGGGUGGGCCUCAAUGUGCCCGUGCCCCCCUCCAUGGGCAGCAACAACUCCAUCAAUGCGCUGAACAACAACAACGGCAGCGUGGCCAUGGAUGGAGGUGCACCACCCGGUGCGGGGGGCAAUGGGAGUGCCGGGGCGACAGGCGGACUGCAAACGCCCGGCAACGAGCUGCGCGUCUCCCCGAUCGCCGGACGGUGUCGAGCGUUAUCCGUGGGCGUGGACACGGACAUGGUGAGUGAAUUCGAUCCAUCCAGCAGCGAUUCGGGCGUGGUCAGUCGCUGUGCCGUGGUCAAGCCGCUCAAGUUUCGCCUUUGCCAGCCGAUCUUCGGGCGCAAGUCCAAUAACCAGCAGCGGCGCAACGAGGCCAAAACGACGGCCAAAAAUCAGCAGCCCGCUGCAACGGCCGCCAAAAAUCAGCAUCAACAGCAGCAGCAGGUGGUGAAGGCGGAACUGGAGCCGGCCAUACCGAAGACACCGAAGCCCCGGGAUCCGGAGAAGGAGAAGCGUAGGAUUGCGCGAAAAAAGGAGAAGCGGGCCACCCUGAUCCUGGGCCUGAUCAUGGGCAGCUUCAUCGCCUGCUGGCUGCCGUUCUUCUUCCUGUACAUCCUGGUGCCGGCAUGUAGCAGCCACUGCAAUAUACCGGAGUCGGCCUUCGCCGUCGCCUUCUGGCUGGGCUACAUGAACUCGGCCCUCAAUCCGGCCAUCUACACCAUCUUCAACAAGGACUUCCGCCGCGCCUUCCGACGCAUCCUGUUCAAGUGAUGUUUGUCCUACGUGUGCUGUUACAGGUGCGUUUACGCCAGCAUUGAGAAGGCAACCGAACGUGCCAUGGGCAGCACACCCAUGGGCUAUGGUCAUGGCAUGUAUCAGCACUACAGGCGUUAGAUUUGCUUCGUUUUGGUAAUGCCAUAAGCCGCCCAAGUCCCAAGUCCCAAGCCCACUCCCCAGAGCUGCAAAACUAUUGACGGCACUGUCGACCUACCGUGUAUUUUUACUUGUAAUUGUUUUAUUCCUUGAUUCCUAAUCACUGAAGUAGAAAACAAGAUUUUUAGAACUAUUAAUUAAUUUUACGGCAUUUUGAAAAAAUGACAUCUUUUAAUCAAUUGUUAGACAUUUGGACUGUCCAUCAAUCGUUUUGCAGCUCUAUCCCACCCAUUCACUAAACCCUUUCCCCAGCUUUCUUUGAAUUUUUAGUUGAAUAAAAAAGUAACGAACAUUGUAGCUCAUUUCAAAAGCAA